UGCGCGCAGGAUUAUCGCGCAGCGUUGGACCAAGUGAGCGCUCCUGUUCUCUAGUUCUUUGCGCACUUUUCCUUCAUCAUGGCACAAUUGAGGCCAUGGCUGGUGCGCUGCUGUGUCUUCGCUGGGGUGCUGUGCGUGGUGACGGUGGUUUGUGUGUGCGUCCUCGCGUCCUUUGAUAAGGGAUGUGCCAGCGGCAGCUACAGGCUCGCGGCAGUGUCUGCGGACUCGCGGCGCUGCUCUGAGAUCGGCAAGAAGAUACUGCAACAAGGCGGAUCGGCAGUAGAUGGCGCUAUUGCAGCUCUUCUCUGUACCUCUUUGGUCAACCCGCAGAGUAUGGGGAUAGGAGGAGGCUCUAUCGUCACAAUCAGAGACACAUCUGGUCAGUCUGCAGUCAAAGUUUACAACUUCCGAGAGACUGUUCCACAGUCUUACAAAAGAAACCUGUUGGAGGACUGCCCCAAAACAUUCAGCUUGUCUUCAGGCAGCCAGUGGAUUGGUGUGCCUGGAGAACUGAGGGGCUAUGAGACGCUCCACGAACAGUAUGGGAGACUGCCCUGGAACAAGCUGUUUGAGCCCUCUGUGAAAUUGGCCCGAGAGGGGAUACCCCUGCCUGAUUACUUGGCAAACUUCCUUAAUACAUCCCUGGUUAGGUACUUAGUGGAGAGUACAUCUCUGUGUGACAUUUUUUGCAACAAAAACAGGACAGUUUUGAAAAAAGGAGAUACUCUUAAGUACACUAAACUUGCUGAAACCAUGGAAACGGUUGGUAAGUCUGGGGCAGAGGCCUUUUACAGUGGCAAGAUUGGAAGCGCCCUUAUUGAAGAUGUCAGUGCUACAGGAGGAACUUUGACCCUAGAAGAUUUGAAAGGGUUCAAGGUCAGAGUGGACCAUGCUCUCCAAGUUCCUUUGGGGGAUACUGUGAUGCACAUACCUCCUCCUCCAGCAGGGGGCCCUCUGCUCGCCUUUAUACUCCAGCUCAUGAGAGAAUUUGUACCAAACCCAAAGUCCCUGGAUGCAGACCAAAAGAUUCAGAUGUACCAUCGUUAUGUAGAAGCAGCUAAAUUUGCCAAUGGACAGAAAAAGGCUAUCCGUGAUCCACCGUUUAAUAAGGCGAAGAGUGCAGCUCACCUAACUGACCCCUCCUUCAUCGCCCACAUCAAAGAUCUCAUCUCUAACCAGACUCACGACAACUCCAUCUACUCCAGUGUCACACCCCCGCCAGACAACUUUGGGACCACCCAUGUCUCUGUGCUGGAUGAGAACGGUCUAGCAGUGUCUGCCACCAGCACCAUCAACCAAGUGUUUGGGGGGGCUGUUUAUUCUCCACAAACUGGUAUCAUCCUCAACAAUGAACUGGCUGAUUUCUGUCACAGAGCUGAUGUAAUAAAGCCAGGUGAGCAGCCUCCCUCGUCAAUGACUCCAGUCAUCCUUGAGACCAAGUCUGGAGGGCUGCUUGUGAUUGGUGGAUCUGGAGGAAGUAUGAUAACCUCUGCAGUGGCAUUGUCUAUAAUGAACCGCUUGUGGCUGAAAAUGAGCCUGAAGGAUGCUAUCGCUGCUCCCAUAGUGUUUGUGGAUUCAAAGAACAAUGUCAACUUUGAGCCUGGGUUUGAUGAGUCUGUUAUUGAAGGCCUUCGCUCACUCGGACACAAAGUGGGGAAUUGGCCAUUCUUCCUCAAUGUGGUCAAUGCUGUGGAGAGAGAGAGAGAGGGCGGCUGCAUCUCUGCCUUCUCAGACAGUCGGAAGUUUGGAGAGACAGCGGGAUACUGAGAGGGAAGAGUCAUUUGAUUUAGCCUUAAUAUAAUUAAUAUAAAACACACAUUUAUGAACAAAAGUGUGGAGAACAGGAUGGAGCACCCUGAUCCAAUUACUGUGAUGCCAGAUUGCAGCAGUUGUGUUCUAUAUUGCUUCUUAUGUCUUAGACCUUCUACUUUGUCUGAAACCUCUUUUUAUAUUCUCUUUUAUAUUUUUAAAUGGCAUUUAAAGUAAACUGACUAGUAAUAGCCUAUAGUUGCUGUAUGUCAUAUAUAUAUAUAUAUAUAUAUAUAUAUAUAUAUACAUACACAUAUACAUAUAUAAUCAGUUUUUGUACUACAGAUACAGAGUCAAUUUUGAUGUAAGACACUGUUUCCUGGCAGCUUUAUUCUGACUAGAAAUGCAGCCCUAAUGUCCCAUUGCAUUUAUACUGUUAUACUGACACUAUGCUGCUUUAUUAACUAUAUUUUUGUAACUUUUGUCAUUGUGUUGAAUAUAGAACUUAUUUUUUAACUGAA